AUGUCGGCAGCUUCUGUGCUACCUCUAAUUCAAACAGCUAUUACUCGGUACGUCCUGCCUAUUAUUGUCGUAUUUGGUAAUGUUGGCAACUUGUGUAUGAUUGCUGUUUAUAUGCAGAAAAAGUUUCGAACCAACUCCUUCGCAAUCUAUCUGAUAGCGUCAUCGUUUUGCUGUCUACUCAGUGUGAAUUGGAGUAUCAUUCCACUCGUGGCUGCACUCAGCGAUUACGAUUUAGUGAACAAAUCAUUGGCAUUUUGCCGUAUUCGUGGUUAUCUCUUACAGGUCUCGGCGCAGUGUAUUCGAUAUUUUCUCGUGUUAAGAUGUGUCGAUCGUUACGUUUUAUCCAGUGCGCAUGUUUCCAUCCGAGCAUUCAGCCGACCACGAAUAGCAUAUUUGGCGAUUGCAAUCACUGCGAUCAUUUGGGGUGUGCUUUCAGCUCAGCUUCUCAUCUGGGAAUCCAUCGAAGCUGGACGAUGUGGCAUCUAUGGACUUUUUGGUCAGGUAUUCGCGAUUUAUGUUAUAGUUUUUGCCGCCGUAACGCCUCUCUGCUUUAUGAUUAUCUUGGGUAUUCUGUUGAUGAAAAAUCUACGUCAAUCGCGCACGCAGGUUCAACCAACUCCCAAUAAUGCCAAUGGUUAUCGGUUAAACAAUCGAGACGCUUCGUUACGGAGACUCGUGUUAACGGAAGUGUUAGUCCACAUUAUUUGUACUUUCAUGUCUCCAAUAAUGCAAAUCUAUUCUCAGACGACAGCAAGUAUGACGUCGAGCAAGUCUACCCAACAAAAACAGGUCGAGGCGUUUCUGAAUUUUCUUGCACAAUCGUUACUGUUGUACUUGAAUUAUAGCACAACAUUCUAUGUUUACGCAGCCACAUCGAAAUCAUUUCGUAACGAAGUCAAGAAGAUAGUGCUGAUUAACGUUCAAAAGUUAAAAGUAAAUACACGGAAUCAAACACGCAAAUUGAUUCCUGGGAGCAGACUAACAGGACAUGUACAAAAGACUACUAUUGUCUAA